CACCACACAUGAGAGAAAGAGAGAGAGAGAAUGUCCAUCAACCAUUUCGAUUCUCACUACUGAUGCACCUGACUACCGCCUCUUCUCCCUCGGAACACACCAACAGCUAACAUCUCGGACAACAUCUCGAGCACUCCUGACCAUCAUGAAGGCGCUCAAGUUAUUCAGCGCCCUGGACUUACUAGCGGCCACGGCCACUGCCGAGACGCACCGUUACGAAUCAGACAUUUCGAAAUUGCGAAACAUCGUCAUCCACUCGAUCUACUCGCACAAGGAUGUUUUCCUCAGAGAACUCCUCUCGAACAGCGCGGAUGCGUUGCAAAAGCUCAGGAUCACGAACCUAAGAGAGGGGCACGGGUUGGAAGGUUGGCAGGGGAACAUCACGAUCGAGGCGAGGAAGAAUGAGGGUGGCAAAGGGGGGCAGCUGGUCAUUCGAGAUACUGGGAUCGGGAUGACCAAGGACGAGCUGGCUACCAACCUCGGUACGAUCGCUAAAUCUGGUACCUCCGAGUUUCUCCACCGAGCCGUCGGAGACUCUGCGAAUGGCGGCGGCAGCGGUAACGAAGGCAGCGAUCUCAUCGGUCAAUUCGGCUUGGGCUUCUACUCUUCCUACCUAGUCUCCCCGCGAGUCAAGGUGAUCUCCCUCCCGGCCCCCUCGCCCUCGAACCCUGAGCCGGAACAAUGGAUCUUUGAAUCCACAGCGUCUGGGGAUGAGUUCUCCGUCUAUCCAGACCCGAGGGGGAAGACGUUGAAAUUCGAAGGGGGUGGACCUUGCGGGACAGAGAUCGUGCUUGACUUGUCUGAGGACGGAGAGAACGAUUGGGUCUUGGAAACGGAUAGGUUGAAGGGGCUCGUAGAAAAACACUCGCAGUUCGCCUCAAGCUUCCCGAUCUACCUACGAGUACCGACCACCCCUGAACCUGUCAACGCGGACGACGAGCUCGAGGUGGACGACGACAGCUCGAGCGCGCCGGGAUCUUUCACAUGGCAACGGUUGAACGAAAAGGGACCUAUCUGGAUGCAGGAACCGAAAAAGGUCUCCGAGGAAGAAUACCGAGACUUUUACAAAACGCUCACCUCUUCGGAAGACGCCGAGACCCUCGGUUGGGCUCAUUGGAAGGGUGAUACCGGUAGCGGCGUCUCGUUCCGAGCCAUGAUGUACGUUCCCAGUGCCGUUCCUGACGAUUUCUGGCAAAAGAUUACCGCGGGGGUCAAAAAUAUCCGACUGAUGGUCAAGCGUGUUUUCAUCACGGAUGAUUUGGGCGCGGAUUAUCUGCCUCAGUGGCUGAGGUUCUUGAACAUUGUGGUUGACGCUGACGACCUACCUCUGAACGUGUCACGAGAAACGCUCCAAGCGAACAAAUUCAUCAAGCAACUGAGGAAUAUCAUUAUUCGAAAGGCCCUCGACCUGUUCACGAGAUUGGCCAAUGACGACGAGGAGAACUUCAAGAAGUUUUCGACCGUGUACGGAAGCGCUUUGAGGGUAGGGAUCCUGGAAUCGAGCUCGAAAAAGGAUCAGAACAAGCUUGCUAGCUUGUUGAGGGUCUCCUCGACCCGGUCCGACUUUACCAGUUUCGAUGAGUAUGUCGAGAACCGUCGUGGCGAUCAAAAGCAAAUCUUCUACCUCGCGGGUGCGGGCGAAUCGCCUGAAGCCCUCGCCAGAUCUCCUUUAGUGGAAAAGCCAGUGGCGCGAGGUUACGAAGUGCUGUUACUGAAUGCACCUCCUGAUGAAAGUGUCAUGUUGGCCCUGCGUAAUUACCGUGGUCUGACUUUCCAGGACGUCUCGAAGAAGGGACUCAAGUACGGAGACGAGGACGAACACGAGGCUGAAAAAGCGGAACUCGCUGCCCAGAACAAGGCUUUUGCGCCGUUGCUCAAAUGGCUCAAGUCGCAGUUUGAAGGCAUCGUUGCUGAUGUGGUUUUGACAAACCGACUGGUCUCGUCGCCAUGUGCCAUUGUCGCAGACAACUUUGGCUGGUCAGCUAACGCCCAGCGGCUCGCCAUGGCCAACGCCAAAAAGGACGACCCCAUGCUUGUCAUGAUGGCGCAGAUGCCCAAGAUCCUUGAGCUCAACCCGAAGAGCCCUUUGGUCGAAGGCCUACUAGAGAGACUGCUCGAAAUGCCUUCGUUCGACGAGGACAUCAAUGAAGAAGGGACCGGACCCACUGCCGACGAGCUGGAGCUCCGUGAAAGCGCUGCGAUUCUCAUCGACACGGCCUUGAUUCGAAGCGGAUUCAAUGUCAAGGACAGCAACACCUAUUUCGACCGCGUCGAGUCAUUAUUGCGACGAUCCUUGGGCGUCUCGUUGUCUGCUAGGACCAAAUCAAACGUCCGCCCAGCUCCUCCUGUAGCCACUGGACCUCUCCCAGAGGUUGAUGAAGAACCCAGUACAGAGGGAUCGACCUUUGAACCUGCCGCCAUGCUCAAGGACGCACAGUUCGAAGAUUGGGCGAGCAUCAAGCAGCGGAUGAAGGAAAGCGGUGAGCAGCUCGAGGAGACGAUCUUGCAACGAGGCGAAGAGAUGGCCCAGGCGGUCAAAGAUGGCGCUCAGGACGUGGCAGAGGGUUUGGGGCUGGGUCCAGAUGACGAUGACGGCCAGGCCGCCCACGACGAAUUGUAGUAUGCAAUAUAGUAAGCGCAAAGAUAUAUCAAAUGAACAUCUCCUUGAU